AGAACCAAGUCAGUGGUCCUCUUACUCUCUCUCUCUCUCUCUCUCUCAUAUGGCUUCCAUUACCAAAGAGGUAGAGAAAGAGCUUAUCCCAUUCGUCCGUCUCUACAAGGACGGCUCAGUUGAGAGAUUAGGGAACUCUCCCUAUGUGCCUCCAUCGCCACAAGACACAGAAACUGGAGUCUCAUCAAAAGACAUCACCAUUUCACAAGACCCCUCCGUCUCUGCUCGUCUCUACCUCCCAAAACUCAACCAACCCCUCCACCAAAAGCUCCCCAUCUUGAUCUACUUCCAUGGCGGAGGCUUCUGCAUCGAAUCCGCCUUCUCCUCUGAUCACCAGCGGUACCUCAACAGUUUGGUCUCUCAAGCUCAAGUAGUGGCUGUAUCAGUUGAGUAUAGACUAGCUCCUGAGCACCUUCUACCCAUUGCUUAUGAAGAUAGUUGGGCUGCUCUCCAAUGGGUUGCAUCACACUUCAUAGAUGAUAAUGUUGUCAACAAAGAGCCAUGGUUGAUCAAUCAUGGUGACUUUAACCGAGUUUUUCUUGGCGGUGAUAGUGCAGGAGCUAAUAUUGUACACAAUAUAGCCCUUCGAGCUGGGGUUGAAGGGUUGCAUGGUGGUGUUAGAAUUACAGGAGCUUUUCUUACACACCCUUUCUUCUGGGGCUUAAAGCCAGUUGGAUCAGAAUACACUGCUGAACGUGAAAAGGGACUGGCUUAUUCGAUUUGGUACCUUGUAUAUCCAUCGGCACCUGGUGGUAUAGACAAUCCAAUGAUCAAUCCGUUCAGUCCAGGAGCACCAAGCUUGGCUGGUCUUGGUUGUUCUCGGUUGCUUGUGACUGUGUCUGAAAAGGAUAGGCUGAGGGAUAGGGGUAUUAUGUACUACAAUACAGUGAAAGAAAGUGAAUGGAAAGGAGAAGUAGAGUUGAUUGAAGUUGAAGGAGAGGGCCAUGCUUUUCAGAUUUUGGACUGUGGGACUGAGAAUGCUAAUAAUUUGAUCAAACGCUUGGCUUCUUUUCUCCUCAAGAUUUGCAUCCACCCACUCCAUCUCUCUAGACUCUUGACUCUUACUCUCCGAAUUCAUUUCCGUCUCUCUCUUUCUCUCUCUCUCUACAAGGCUUCAAUGGCUUCCACCACCAAAGAAGUAGCCACUGAGCUUCUUCCCCUCAUCCGGGUCUACACUGACGGCUCGGUGGAACGCUUGUUUGGUUCACCGAUUGUCCCACCAUCACCUGAUCAAGACCCAGAAACCGGAGUCUCAUCCAAAGACAUUACCAUCUCAGAGAACCCCUCAAUCUCAGCCCGCCUCUACCUCCCAAAACUCACUCCCCAUAACCAAAACCAAAAGCUCCCCAUCUUGGUCUACUUCCAUGGCGGCGCCUUCUGCGUCGAAUCAGCCUUCUCCCUCUCCUCCCAUCGCUACCUCAACAGCAUUGUCUCCGAAGCCAAUGUUGUAGCCAUCUCUGUCGAGUACAGACUUGCACCAGAGCACCCUCUUCCAGCUUGUUACGAAGACUGCUGGGCUGCACUUCAAUGGGUUGCCUCUCACUCAGCUGGUAACGGUAAAGAACCAUGGCUAAUCAAUCAUGGUGAUUUCGAAAGAAUUUAUAUAGGGGGUGACAGUUCUGGAGCCAAUACAGCACAUAACUUGGCCCUGCGAGCUGGGACUGAGAGCUUGCCUGGUGGUGUUAAAAUUUUUGGUGCUUUUCUUUCUCAGCCUUACUUUUGGGGUUCGAAGCCAAUUGGAUCAGAGUCUAAGGAAGGACAUGAGAAGAGCUUGACUUCUUUAAUUUGGAGCUUAGUGUAUCCCUUGGCAAGUGGAGGCAUUGACAGUCCACUGAUCAAUCCAUUGGGGCCUGGCGCGCCAAGCUUGGCUGGACUUGCUUGUGAUAAGUUGCUUGUGUGUGUGGCUGAGAAGGAUAUGCUGAGGGAAAGAGGUGUUUGGUAUUGUGAUGAAAUGAAGAAGAGUGGGUGGAAAGGGGAAGUAGAAUUGUUUGAAGUGAAGGGAGAAGAUCAUGCUUUCCAUUUCUUCAAUGUUGAGGCUGAGAAUGCUAAGGCUAUGAUCAAACGCUUGGCUUCUUUUCUCAAGUAAAUCUGUUCCAUCAUCAGAUUACUAGCCAUAAGGAAUAUGCUUGGGACUGUAAUAGUAGAUAUUGAAGCAUCUAUGAAUGCUUCAUGAGUCUUGAUUAUGCUUCAUGAAUCUUUUCCAACUUUUUUCCUUCAGUUGUUCCAGUUUAAUUAUGCGGUUUGAUUGAUCUUUGUGUCAAAUAUCGUUGGUAGUAAAGUUAGUUUCUUUC